AUGGCGAAUACUACGACGAGUUCCGCUCAAAAGCUACAAGGUUCUUCACUUUCACAGUUUCUUAAUACUCUCGUAAUCGCUGCAAUCAUUGCAAUCAUUCAAAUUACUAUAUUCGUCAUUAUCAGAAAAAGAUUCAAACGCAUCUACGAACCAAAAACAUUUCUUGGAGACAUAAAACGCCGUGUCAAACCACUACCGAGCGCUUUUUAUAGCUGGCUUUUUGCGUUAUUGAGGAUGCCACAAGAAGAUUUGAUUCGUACUGCUGGUUUUGAUGCUUACUUCUUCGCCCGUUACCUUUAUGUUCAUGGUCUCUUCUUUCUGUGUUCGUUUGUUGUCCUAGCAGCUAUUUUAUUUCCAAUCUAUACUAUCGAUGGUAAGGGUGAAGCUUAUGAUAAAAAUGGCCUCGACAUACUGACUUUCGGUAAUAUUCUACCGCUUCAUUCUUCUCGUUAUGUAGCUCCAUUGGUACUCGCUUAUGUUUUCAUCGGAGCAUUUCUCUACCUUCUAUACACAGAAAUGAAAGGCUUUGUGAGAAAACGUCAAGCACUCUUGUCAAGUCCUAUAUAUCAGUCCCGCGCCAGUGCAGCAACCAUACUUGUUACUACCAUACCCGAAGCAUAUAUGUCUGAAGAUGUUCUCUUUCGAAUAUUUAACCAAUUUCCAGGCGGAGUCAGAUACAUCUGGCUUAAUAGAAAUCUCGGAGAUCUUCCUGAAAAAGCAGAGAAGCGCACAAAACUUAUGGAAAUACUUGAAGCAACGGAAUGUAAAUUGAUCAAAACAGCAAUGAAAAUCGAGACGAAACGUCGAAAAAAACUCCACAAGGAAAUGUCUUCGGAAAUUAUUGAGGAGACAAUUACAAACAGCGAACAACAGACUAUUCAUAAGUAUAUUCCAGAGAAGAAACGACCGACGAUGAGAAGUGGAUCUAUACCAGUGUUCUCAUCUUUAUGCUUCGGCAAAAAAGUCGAUACGAUCGAAUAUUGUAAGGAGACUGUUUCCAAAAUCAAUACGGAGAUCGAAAUAGCGAAAGCAACACUAAACAAUUAUACUCCUAUAAAUUCUGCAUUCAUUCAAUUUAAUAAACAGAUUGCUGCUCAUAUGGCCGCUCAAAGUGUUUUAGCUUCCAUUCCUUUAGCAAUGACACCUUGUUACAACGAUAUAAAGCCAACGAAUAUUGUUUGGUCAAAUUUGAAGCUGACUUACUACCAGAAAAAAUUCAGAGAACUUAUCGUGUUGAGUGCAACUAUUGCUCUCAUUGUUUUCUGGGCAAUUCCAGUUGCUUUUGUUGGCAUCCUUUCUAAUCUAACGUACUUAACAACCAAGCUCACUUUUCUUCAGUUCAUUUAUAACCUGCCGAGCGUUCUACUGGGCUUGAUUACUGGUCUUUUGCCAACCGUUCUCCUAGCCAUUUUAAUGGCACUUCUUCCUAUUGUAUUAAGAUUAUUGGCAAAAAUAUCUGGAAUUCCCACAACAGAUGCUAUUGAUCGUUAUGUUCAAGGAUCUUACUUUAUUUUUCAAGUCGUUCACGUCUUUCUGGUUGUUACGAUUUCGAGUAGCAUUUCGAGUGUCAUAGUAUUGAUCAUUCAGAAUCCAACAAGUGCUGGAACAAUACUCGCUGCAAAUAUUCCAACUGCAAGCAAUUUUUUCUUUAGUUUUCUGGCAUUACAAGGAUUGAGUGUAGCAUCUGGAGUUUUAUUACAAAUUGUUGUACUUAUUUCAUUUUAUCUAUUGGGAAAACUAUUCGACAAUACACCACGAAAAAAGUGGAAACGAUACUUUACAUUGAAUAAUCUGGAUUGGGGCACAGUAUAUCCUCCAUUUACGAAUUUCGUUGUUAUCUCUCUGGUCUACUCGAUUAUAGCACCGCUGAUGCUCGUCAUUGCUGGAGUGGCAUUCGGCUUGUUUUACAUCGCCUAUCUUUACAACAUGUUUUACGUUUCAGAUUUUCCAAACGAUACCGGUGGUUUAACGUUUCCAAGAGCAAUCUAUCAGUCAUUUACCGGAGUUUAUCUUAUGGAAAUUAUGCUUGCAGCGCUUUUCUUUAUGGCACAGGAUGAGCAUGGUUUGCAAUCAGCUAUCGUUCAAGGUGUAUUAAUGUGUGUGUUGAUCAUUAUUACUUUGGGCGUUCAGUUUAUGAUGAGUUCAAGCUUUGAUCCGCUCACACAUUAUCUGCCUGUAGACGCAGAAGAAUUUUCGCAAUUGAAAAUUUCUGUUCCAGGAAAAUUUGCAUGGGCAAAAAUGGCAAUCAGCACUGUGAGUCGCCCUCUAAGAUCAGCUUAUCGUACGGAUACUGUCAAUAAUAUGGAUGAUGCAGUGAUUGAGCCAUACGAUAAUACAAUGGAGAACGCAUAUAUGCAUCCAGCAUUACGUGAACCCCAGCCAAUAGUUUGGAUUCCAGAAGACAAUUUGGGUAUUGCAUCAGCAGAAGUACAGAACGCUAGAACUUCUGGAUUGAAUAUUGCUAUAUCAACUGAGGGAGCCUGGUUCGAUCAAAACAUGAAUAUCAAAAUUAAUGGUUCGCCUCCGGACUAUAUCGAAAUGCUAGAAAAAAAUACUUUCUCUAGACGAUUUUAG